CUCUUUCUGGAUCAAGAGUGAAAUUAAAAUCCCUAUAUUGGGCCCAUUAGAUAAUUAGGCCCGUUUGGUGAGUAAAGAACACAGCGAAGCCUCUUUCUGAAUCAGAAGUAAAACAAAAAGGUGGAAUCUUUUCAAAAUUCAUAUCCCCUCUCUAGCCUCGCUUCUUCGCUUUCUUCAAUUCGAGAGGAAGUGAGCACACAACAAUGGCGAAGAACGAGAACGGCUACGAGAGCUUGCUAGCUUCACUGAUCGUCGACAUCAAGUCAUACUCCGGAAAAGACCAUCUUCUUCCCUGGAUCCGAGGUAUUAAGAAGAUGAAAGAGAGCUUGCCGUCUCAGAUACUGAACGAGAAGCUGCCUCGGUUUCUCCAGAAAUGUGCACAGUCAUUUGAGUCUGAUAAGAGAUAUAGGAACGAUUCUCGGUAUAUUCGUGUUUGGUUGCAGCUGAUGGACUUUGUAGAUGAUCCAAAAGCUUUGUUAAGGAGUAUGGAAGCAAACAGUGUAGGGACCAAGAGGUCUUUGUUCUACCAGGCGUAUGCUCUCCAUUAUGAAAAGUUGAAGAGGUUCGAGGAUGCUGAGAAAAUGUACCGUCUUGGUGUCCAAAACCUUGCAGAACCCAUGGAUGAGUUACAGAAAUCUUACUUGCAAUUCCUUAGUCGCAUGGAGAGGCACAAAAGGAAAAAGACACAGCGUCAAGAGCUAAAAGUGUCUGAAAAGCACCAGAAGGCUGAGAGGUCACAGAAGGAGCCUAGACUGGCCAUCAGUGAUGAAACGCCAGUGUUGAACUUUGUUGAUAAAGAAGCAGAAAAUGCUUGCCAUCACGGUUUGGUGGAUCCCACGAUAAACAUGAAAGAAGCCAUGAACGCAAUCAACAACAUGUUCAAAGAGCCUAUCGAAACUGCUCCGCUUCAGAGAAGCCAAGACAAAGAGAAUCAAGGCGGAUUUGAAGUUUUCGUGGAUGAGAAUCAAGGCUCCUUUGAGAUCUUCGUUGAUGAUGAAAACGAUGAUGAGACUACGGAUGACAACGAUGAGUCCGGAAAAGGUUUUGUCUUCCUCCAGCCAAGAGACCAUUCACCUGAAAGCUCUGGAGAAGCAGACAGAAACAACAGUCCUCCUCGAGCUAGGUUCAGAGAAGACACAGUUGUUCGCAGGUUUGUUGGUUCAGCCAUCUCAGAAGAGCCAGCUGUUGAAAACGUCUGCCACCAUGGCCUUGUGGACCCUACGGUCAACUUAAAGGAAGCUAUGGAGGAUAUAAACAACAUGUUUGGCGAACCGAUAGAUUUUGUUAGACCCAACCGCUCUAAAAACAAGGAAAAAGCAGUAGUACAAGAGAAGAAACCAGAUGCUGCUGCAGGUUUCUCAAUACUUGAGGAUGAUGAUGAUGAAGCUGAGGAACACAAAGGUACAAGCCAAAAGCUGACUGAGAUAUCGCCUGGAAAAGCAAACGAGCGUGAUCUGUUUGAGCCAACAGUGUGCACAAAAGUAGCUUUGGAUGAGAUCAACAAACUGUUUGCAAUGCCAAUGGACUUCUAAGGAACAAGGUACUCUAUGUUUACUCUCAUAGAGGCAAUGUCUGGGGUUUGCGUUCUUGCUUUAAUAUACUUCUCUGUUGUGUAAUGGUGAGAACCAUUUGUUGUUGUUGUUUUACCUAUGUUUGUCUUAAAUUGAAGAAAUGUUUUAUUUUUUCAAAAAAAAAAAUAUUGUUAGUGCAUGAUCU